AUGGCGUCCUUCGAAGCUUCGACUAGAAAAGCUAUGGAUAAAGCCACUGAAGGCACAGCGACGGUCACUAGCACCCCAGUCGUGGACUCUGACUUCUCCAUUGGCCAAACAUAUCACGCCUUCUCCAAAGGAACCACAAAGACAGAGGUCGAAAUAUACUCGGAGAAUGCCGACCGCCCAACAUACUUCGUUACGGAUGCAAAAACGACCUUCUCCUCGGCCUCGGACCUUACCGUCUAUCGCGAGAGCAAAGACGGGCCCGUUGUAGCCCAUAUUCGUCUUCCGUCCUCGAGGUCGGGACCACGUAGCGCCGCCGUCAUCACCUACCCAAGCCUUGAAGCGGCAAUCGUCCGCGUCCCCGCCGGCAAAGAGGUCCUUUCGUCAGAGCAAAGCGUACAUAUUGACGGACGGGACUAUAUCUGGCAGGGAGAAAAACGUGGGGAUCGCCCUGGUCUGCCAAUCCAGGUCUUGAGAGACGAACAGGGUGAUACCUGGGCUAUGUUUGUUUGGGAUCCGAUGGGCUGGGAUUCGAGGGCCCAACCUGGUGCAUUUGGACGCUUGUUGCUUGUCGACAUUGCUAUAAAUCAGGACCUGUUGGAUCAGAUCGUGGCGACUGCCGUGGCCCGAGUUUUUCAGCAGAUAAAGCGGGAAACAGUGAAUUCCAUUGCAGGACAAGCUAUUAGUGCGUGCGUUCCAUUUGUGACCGACCCGAUCAUCAUUUUUUGCAUAGCUAAUAUCUCCUCGUAG